AUGGACAUCAUUGUUCUUGGCGAGACCCACUUCUCCGAAGAAGACCAAUUGCGGGGGGUGGAUGCCGGCUACGUCUUCUUCUGGGACGACCAUCCAAAGGCAGAGCGACGUGACGCAUGCAUCACCUUUGCUGUCCAGAACGACAUCCUGGAACGAUUGUUCUGUUUGCCGCAGGGUAUCCACCACCCACUGAUGAUCCUCUGCCUGUCUCUUCGAGGAUCCAACUUCGCCACCAUCAUCAACGCCUAG